AUGUCUCUCUCCGACGAGAUCUAUCAAGCGAUAUUCCGUUUCGCAGUCGAUUCGUGGGUCAGGGACGCUGUGAUUGGGUGUACUGGUGAACCAGGCAAACACUCCAAUCGUUAUCAUCAGGCUACCUCCUUGUCGCAUGUCAAUGCGCGCUGGCGAGGGUUGGUCCUGGAUACCGCGGAUCUGUGGUCUACUCUCGUCACGGGCCACUUCAACUCCAAGAUGAUCUACGUGGCCUUACAGCGCUCUAAGGACUUGAAGCUGGAAGUAUACAUCUUACCUUGCUCAUCCGUUGCUCGCUUUCUGGCCCUGAUCACCAUGGCUUUAUUGGAUGACACCCAGAGUGGUCGCAUCUCCCGUCUGAUUAUCAGACUCGAUGAAAGAACUGCGAUGGACACCCCCCUGAUGUUCGACAAAGUCUUCCCCUCACUCACCGAGCUUUCCGUAUGCCACGACAAGGCAUACAUUCCAAGAGCCAUACCCCUGCACGGCACAUUUGCUAAACACUUCCCUAACCUGCACAUUCUCUCCCUGACAAAAUUACCGGUGACCCCAGACUUGAUGUCGGGGCUCUCAUUAUCAGAGCUUCGUCUGGAAGACUGCAUGAUUCGCGAGCGCGUUGACUUCAGCCCCACGGGCUCUGCGUCCUGUGUAAUCGACAUACUCGCUCGCAUACCCGGUCUCGAAGUCUUCACGUGGCUUAUGGACCGAGACGGUCGCCACGCACACCCUAGACCAACGACCUGGGAUGGCGACUCUCCAAGAGUCGUAAGGCUUGCACGCUUGAGAAAGCUCGAACUACGUGCGCCCAUGAACACAAUUUGCUACAUGAUGAUCUCCGUCGAUGUCCCCCGUGACUGCGAUUUUGAGCUUGAGGCCGCUCUGCAUUGGCAAACUACCGACAUCGCAUCUCUCAAAGAAAAACUUCGCAAUACUGUCGGAAGACAGCUCCUUCGCACCGAACCAGCCGAUAGAGGGUUCACGCACUUAUCGCUUCACGACGCCAAUUUCGGAUCUGGCGUUCUCAUGCAUUGGUCUAGUCCGCACUCACAAUCGCACGACUGGUCUCGAGACUUUCGCUUCACAGUUACAGCCACCCCUCAACCCAGCACCGACGUUCCACCUCGAGCACUAGCUGACGUCUGCACAUCCAUAAUGGGGUGGCAGCCGCUUUCUGCCUCUCUGAACUGCAUGACCGUUACCUUGCCAUGGUUUUACACCUAUCAUGCGGAUUAUGCAGAUGAGAUCCAUCAUCUAUGGCAGACGGCUGUCAGCCGCCUUCCCAGCCUCAGUGAUGUCAGAACUCUUCACCAGAUGGAUAGGCUGCAAGAAUUUUUGAACGAUACAGCGGUUCCGGGGGAAUCACUGCAUAUUAACUCCGGCGAGGGUGUGCCCGGAGGCGACCCGUGUUGUUGCCAUCAUCUUCUCAUGCCCCCUGCUUCUAUGUAA